GGAUGCAAGGUUUGUUGGAUGGUGUUUGGUAAACAGUUUCGGUCUUGCAUGUGAUGGUACUUAGUUAUGACUUUUGAUGUGAUAUUAUUGGUAACAACAAGUUUCUAAAUAGUAAAUACGUUUAAUAAUUCUGUCGUACACGUAAGUGUGUACAAUUCUGAGAUACAGAAGGGUUUCACAACAGAAGUGAAGUCUGAAGAAAGGAGAUGGCGCAUCAGGUACAAUGUUCAGUGAACUAUAUUUGGUCUACUGGAGACAUUCUAGGACAAGGUUCAACAGGAGUUGUCUAUCGUGGCUACCAGAAGAUGACGGGUGACCCUGUUGCAGUGAAAACAUUUAACUCGGGCAGUCACCUUCGCACGCAGGAGGUACAGAUGAGAGAGUUUGAAAUUAUUAGGAAGGUCAACCACAAGAACGUCGUACGUCUUCUGUCCAUCGAGAAGGAGCGCAUGGUUGGAGACAGGGUCAUAGUCAUGGAGCUCUGCGGGGGAGGCAGUCUGCAUAGCAUGCUUGAGGUUCCUGAAAAUGCCUUUGGAUUGCCAGAGGAAGAAUUUCUGCUGGUUCUUGAGCACAUAGCUGCAGCCAUGAAACACCUGAGGGACCACAACCUUGUACAUCGUGACUUAAAACCUGGGAACAUCAUGCGUAUGAUCGGCAAUGAUGGCAGGUCCAUAUAUAAGUUGGUUGACUUUGGCGCGGCGAGAGAGCUAGAGGAUGAAGAGCACUUUGUCUCUCUCUAUGGAACAGAGGAAUACCUGCACCCUGACAUGUAUGAGCGAGCGUUGCUAAGGAAAUGCAAGGACAAGACAUUCGGUGUUUCCGUUGAUCUGUGGAGUAUUGGAGUGACACUGUACCACGUGGCCACAGGAGCGCUCCCGUUCCGACCAUACGGUGGCCGUGCCAACCAGGAAACCAUGCACACGAUCACCAGCAGCAAGGCAACAGGUGUCAUCUCUGGCGUGCAGCACAAGGAGGGAGGCGAGAUAGAGUGGAGCCAACGACUGCCAGACACCUGCCAACUAUCAGGGGGACUUCAGGCACUCGUCUUGCCCCUGCUGGCUAAGCUGCUCGAGGCACGCCCGACGCUCGAAUGGAAAUUUGACGCAUUCUUCGAGACGGUAAACCUAAUCGUCGGCAAGAUGUCGCUGGACAUCUUUGAGAUGGGCGCCUGUCGAUUUCUGAAGGUCUACAUUGAACCGGACGCGAGGCUAGAAACCCUGAAGGAGCACAUUGACGCACAAACUACAAUCCCCUCAGACCAACAGCUGUUGAUUCACGACAACAGACUCCUGCGUGACCUCGUGACCUCUGACUCAUCCGUCUCGUCCUACCCACAAUGCAGUGAGAGCAACCCAUUAGUCGUCUAUGACCUGCGGAUAGACUUGCCACCGGAACGUCUGUCCGAUCUUCAUAUUCCCAGCAUUUCUACGUUCCAUGAGGAGACUGUGCUGGAUGCUGACUAUGUCUCUGCUAGGCAGAUGAGCGCACUCGCUUGCUUCGCUCGUGUCGCGACUGAACGCUGCCUUCGUCAGCAGAACCUGCUGCGCGAGGGCAGCGUCAUGUUGAUGGUCAUUCUCACGGUCAUGCUGAGAGAGGCAGUUGAAAACCUGAAGUACUUUACCGAAAUGUGCAAGUGUUUGGAGAAGAGGAUUGAUCAAUUCAUGAGCAGUCACAAGAGGACUCUGUGUGUCCUUGAAACAACAUACAAUGUCAGCAAUACCAACGACCGCGAUUCGACCACAAGGAGUCUCACCGACAUUGUCUAUGGCAAGAAACAGAGUGCCAUGACAUUAAUAACGAACAUGGGGCAGCUAAACGAAAAAGUGGAAAGUAUGAAGAGCCAGCUCCUGGAGGGUAAUGCCCUUCAGCAGUCGUGGCAAACUGAAACGAUGCCAGCACCAGUAAAAAACGGCGUACCAGAACUAGAAAUAAUCAUCAAAGAAGCGAGUCCCAUUUUACUUCGAUUCAAAGGAGAAAGAAGACUGAAGGUUCUGUCACCACAUGACGGCUUUGUGCAUCGAUACGAGAAGCUGAGGCUCAUUAGAUUUGCGCACAGCAUACCAGAGCAUAUCAACCACAGCCUGGCAGCAAGAAAGGAGCUCCACAGUAAAUUCUCCACGUGGUCAAGGGAGGCAUUGCAGCACAUGCUUCAAGUAGAUGCCCUGCGCAGAGAGCUCAGCACAUUAGAGGACAUGUUUACUGCCAAUGAUGGCUCGCUAGACCAGGCGCAGAUUGCUGUACGAUGAAUGCUUCGAUGAAGCUAUAAAGUCACUGCAGGGAAGCAGAGAGAGCAGC